GUCAGAAACGCUUUGCUAGGACAACAUUUAUACUCAAAUGAACACGCUAGCACUCACGGUCCUUGUGGCCGCGAUUGGCCUGGCCGCCGGCACCUGUCCCACAGAACCUGACUGCUCGUCAGGUCGCAUCGAAUUUCACCCCCACGCCGAGUGCAACCGGUUCUACAGGUGCCAGGAUGGAACACCUUUCACCUUCGAAUGCCCAAUUGGACUGAACUUUGACCCCACCAGCAAAAUCUGCGUCUCGACCUAUUCGCAAUGCCGUAGCUGCUCCUCGUCGUUGACCAAAACGACGCCGAGAAGGACGAAGGACUUCACGUUCACCCCCAUUCCCACCAAGCCACCUUUUGAACCUUGCCCAGAGUCAUUGUGCCCCUUAAGCGGCAUCACGAUGGUGCCCUUCCCCCCUGACUGCACCAGAUUCCGCCAGUGCAUCUUCGGCUACAGCAUUUUGCUAACGUGUCCUUCUGGUCAGCACUUCAGUCCGAGCCUGCGCGAGUGCACCGACCCGAUCACCGCCCAGUGCCCAUCCUGUGGACCUCCAACAACCACCACCACCACCACUACUACGACGACUACAACCACUUCAACUACAACCACUUCAACUACAACCACUCCAACGACGACCACAACCACUACGACGACAACAACUCCAACGACGACAACAACAACACCGUCAACAACUCCUCCAACUACACCGUCAGAUAACUGUCCAGCAACACCUAUUUGCUCACCGACUCAGAUCAUUCGACAGCCUUAUCCGUCCAACUGCACUUUGUUCCAGCAGUGCGUCUUGGGAUCGGCGACUCUUUUGCCUUGCUUGCCUGCAGGUACCGAGUUUAGCCCCACUCUGCGUGAAUGCGUCGAUCCUGCGGUGGCCAACUGUCCCAAAUGUGGUUCUCAGGUGACGACUACUCCACCACCAAUCACCACAACAACUCCUCCUCCUGCCGGAAACUGUCCAGCGAACUUGGUCUGCAAAACCUUCGAGAUAACCACAUUGCCGUACUUCUCAAAUUGCUCCUUGUUCAUUCAAUGCACGUUGGGACAGGCGACGGUGCUUCAGUGUCUGCCUGCAGGCUUGGAGUUUGACCCUAUUACGAGAGAGUGCGUCGAUCCUGCGGUUUCAACUUGUCCCAAGUGCUACCUCGAAUCGAGUACGACUACACCACAAGUUACUACCACAGUAUUGACCUCGACUACACCUCAAGUUACUACCACAGUAUCGACCUCGACUACACCUCAAGUUACUACCACAGUAUCGACCUCGACUACACCUGAAGCUACAACAGUGACCACCACAACUGCAAGUCCUUGCGUUGCUCCCACGUGUCAGCCAGGAGUCACUGUAAAUCUUCCCUAUCCAGCCGAUUGCAGAUAUUACACGCAAUGUGUGAAUGGCGUCUCGACUACACAGCCGUGUCUCCCUUGGGGCACUCAGUUCAGCGCUGCCGAUGGCAGAUGCGUUGCACCAGCGUUGGCGAAUUGUGUGAAUUCGGGCCUGCUGGCUUUAGCAUGUCUGGCCAGCUCUUGCCCACGAGAGCCCGAUUGCUCCUCAGGCCUGUUGGAAUUCCAUCCUCACGCAGACUGCAGUCGUUUCUACAGAUGUGAAGAUGGAAACGUGGCUAUUUUCUCAUGCCCACUUGAUUUGCACUAUGACCCCACUAGAGCGAUAUGUGAAUUUGCCGAUAACGUUGACUGCGUUUCAUGCGUGGACGAAACUGAUCAAAGAGGCGGCGGGGGUGCCGGUGGAAUCGGUGGAGAGGGAUGCCUGGGUGGCGGAGGCGGAGGAGGUGGCGGCGGAGGAGGCGGCGGGGGUGGCGGAGGCGGAGGUGAUUGUUGGACAACUUCUUCCACUUCAAAGCCCACUGGAACCACCACUACAACUCCUCCUCCUUGCUUAACGACAACUAAUCCUACAACAACCACCACGACACCUGCAACGACCACAACUACUCCCACAACAACCACUACUACUCCAACAACCACCACUACUACUCCUACAACUACUACCACUACCCCUACAACAACAACUACGACUCCUACAACAACAACCACUACUCCUACAACAACUACCACUACUCCUACCACAACUACCACCACCCCUACGACAACAACCACCACUCCAACUACCACAAUUCCCCCUGGACCUUGCCCGGCGACCCCAACCUGCCCUGCUUUCGGUGCUAAAAUGGUGCCGUAUCCUCCUGAUUGCAGAAAGUUUAUCCAAUGCGUUUUUGGUAUCAGCCAACUCGUCAUGUGCCCCCCAGGCCUAGAAUUUAGCCCAACGCUCCUUGAUUGCACUGAUCCAGCAGUAGCUCAGUGUCCUAUUUGCAUAAGUCCAGAGCCCACAACGGCUCCACCAACUACUGAAUCUAGUACUACUACUUCCACCACCACCACCACCACCACUACUACUACAACCACACCACCAACUACAGAAGCAACAACUACUACUCCGACCACCACUACAACAGAACCAACGACCACCAUUACUCCAACUACUCCUGUUCCAACAACUCCCGGAGUCUGCCCAAACAAUCCUGUUUGUAAAUCAUUUGAACUUACAAGGCUGCCAUAUCCAUCCGAUUGCUCGCUCUAUAUUUCAUGUGUAUUCGGUACAUCAACAAUUUUGCCCUGCUUGCCUGCAGGAACCGAGUUCAGCCCAACCACACAAACGUGUGUUGAUCCAUCGAUAUCCGGCUGCGCAAAGUGCAUACCGCAGCCAACCACAACACCGGCACCCACUACUCCGGCGCCCACCACCCCGGCUCCCACCACCCCGGCGCCCACUACCCCGGCGCCCACCACCGCGGCGCCUACCACUGCGGCGCCUACCACUGCAGCUCCUACUACCGCGGCGCCUACCACCGUGGCGCCUACUACUACGUCUUCAACUACCAUUCAGCCAUGCACUGUACCAACGUGUCCAACGACCGGGACUGUUAAUUUGGCUCACCCUAAUUGCGCUCAGUACGUUCAGUGCGUAGAAGGGGUGCAAAGCAUCCUUCCUUGUAUUCCAUUUGGAACGCAGUUCAGCGUGGCAACAGGAAAAUGUGAAGUGCCGGCUAUGGCACAAUGCAAAAACUGCGUUGGCCCAAUUGUAACCAUCACUGAUGCUAUUACGACCACUUCGGCGCUUACGACUGUUCCUCCAACCCCAGAACCGACGACUGUCACUACCACUACUGAGACAACGACCACCACUCAACUAACGACAACAACAGAGCCUGCAACCACCACAACUGAGGUGACAACUACUACUGUACCUACCCCUACCCUCCCACCAUGCAAGGCAAAGCCGAGAUGUACUAUACUUUCGGCUGGGGUAAACCAGCCACAUGAGAGUGACUGCAAAAGCUAUUAUUUCUGUCUGUUCGGCAUACAAUUAGAGAUUCCAUGCUUACCAGGCCAAGAAUUUGAUCCUGUGCUCCUGCAAUGCGUUCCUGAAGCGGAGUCCACAUGCCAGGACUGUGUAAUCCCAUUAAUUCCAACCGGUAGCCUAGCUUUUUUGGGACUGCUGGCUUUAGCAGUAUGUCUGGCCAGCUCUUGCCCACAAAAGCCCGAUUGCUCCUCAGGCCUGUUGGAAUUCCACCCUCACGCAGAAUGCAGUCUUUUCUACAGAUGUGAAGAUGGAAACGUGGCAAUUUUCUCAUGCCCACUUGAUUUGCACUAUGACUCCAAAAAAGAAAUCUGUGACUACGCUGAAAACGUUGGCUGUGUUUCAUGCGUGGAAGAAGCUGAGCUUCGAGGCGGCGCUGGAGGCGCUGGAGGCGGAUGCUCAGGCGGUGAGGGAGGCUCAGGUGGAACUGGCGGAGGUGGUGGUGGAGGGGGUGGUGGAGGAGGUGACUGUUUGACAACAACUACAACCACGACAACGCCUCCUCCGUGCUUAACGACAACAACACCUGCUCCGUGCUUAACGACAACAACGCCUGUUCCGUGUUUAACGACAACAACGCCAACAACUAUAACCACCACUACUCCAACGGAAGCAACCACGACCACUACUGGCGCUUCUUCGACUACUGAAGCAACCACAAGCACCACUGGCUCUCCUUCAACGGAAGUACCCACAAGCACCACUGGCGCUUCUUCAACGGAAACCACGAUCAUACCCACCACUGGCACUCCUACAACGGAAGUAACCACAACCACAAGCACUACUGGCGCUCCUACAACGGAAGUAACCACAACCACAAGCUCUACUGGCGCUCCUACAACGGAGACCACGACCAUACCCACCACUGGCGCUCCUUCGACGGAAGUACCCACGACUAUACCCACUACUGGCGCUCCUCCGACUGAAGUAACGACUACUGAGAUAAUUACGACCACUCAGCCACUGUGCCCAACAACCGGGACUGUUAAUUUGCCUUACACUAAUUGCGCUCAGUAUGUUCAAUGCGUAGAAGGGGUGCCAUCCAUCAUUCCUUGUCUUCCAUACGGAACGCAUUUCAGCGCGACUACAAAAAAAUGUGAAGCGCCGGCUGUGGCACAGUGUCAAAAAUAUGUUUGA